UCCGUCCUCGGCGGUGCACCCAUACCCAAGGCUGCAAGAAGUGAAUAAGGGCGACAACGCAGAGAGAGAGAGAGGGGAAAAAGACAAGACCACUUCUUCAGAAUUUGAAAGCACAGGCUGGGACGAGAUGGCAGCCAUCAGAAAGAAGUUGGUGAUAGUAGGGGAUGGUGCAUGUGGGAAGACCUGUCUACUCAUUGUCUUCAGCAAGGACCAGUUCCCUGAGGUCUACGUCCCAACAGUGUUUGAGAACUACAUCGCUGACAUUGAGGUUGACAGCAAACAGGUGGAACUUGCACUAUGGGACACAGCAGGUCAGGAAGACUAUGACAGACUGAGGCCUCUCUCCUACCCCGACACAGACGUCAUCCUCAUGUGCUUCUCCAUAGACAGUCCUGACAGUUUAGAGAACAUUCCAGAAAAGUGGACGCCUGAAGUAAAGCAUUUUUGUCCAAACGUCCCAAUCAUUCUGGUGGGGAACAAGAAGGAUCUGAGGAAUGAUGAACACACACGCAGGGAGCUGGCCAAGAUGAAGCAGGAGCCUGUAAAGCCAGAAGAAGGCAGAGACAUGGCCAAUCGCAUCAGUGCCUUCGGCUACUUGGAGUGCUCAGCCAAAACCAAGGACGGUGUGCGGGAAGUGUUUGAGAUGGCCACCAGAGCAGCACUGCAGGUUCGCAAGCGCAAGAAGAAGGGCUGCGUGCUGCUGUGAGGCAGGGAGGCUAGUCGGUCAGAGCACCAACAGCAACUGACAGAAGGACACCCCCCCCCCCGCAGACUACCGACAGUAAAAUCCUGUUGGUAAACCAAGAAACCUUUAGAACAAUGGCUUCCUUAGACUAUAUUUACACUGCAACACAGAUGCCACCGGCAAAUAUGAAAGACUGACACGCCUGUUUAAAAGCAAAUCAGCAUUUUUGCUGUUUUCCUCUUUUGUGUCUCGCUGUCCCUUUUGUUCUUCUGUUGCUUUUUUCUUUUUCUCAGCACACCAGCCUGUUUGUGUGAGGGGCCAGCCCCCUCUUCCUCUAUGUUUGUAUGUGUUGUGCAUAUAUGUGCAUAUACUUAUACACCGAUCAGCCAAAACAUUAAAACUACCUGCCUAAUAUGCUGUUGGUCGCCCGUGUGUCGCCAAAACAGCUCUGACCCAUUGAGGCAUGGACUCCACAAGACCUCUGAAGGUGUCCUCUGGUAUCUGGCAUCAAGACCAUUUGGCCCUUGUCAAAAUCGCUCAGAUCCUUACUCUUGCCCAUUUUUCCUGCUCCCAACCCAUCAACUUCAAGAACUGACCGCUCACUUGCAGCCCAGUAUAUCCUACCCUGUGACGAGUGCCGUUGUAACGAGCUAAUGUAAUUCACUUACCUGUCGGUGGUUUUAAUGUUUUGGCUGAUCGGUCUAUAUUGUCAUCCCGCCACUGCCUCUGUGUUACCAUUGUUUACAGAGAAAAGGCCAAGUCGCUUGCACACCCACCUGGCAAGCUCUCAGCCCACAGCCACAACCGGCAUGGAACUAACUCAUGAAGUAUUGUCUUAGAUUUGGUUUACCAGUGUCGAAAUUGAAAAUACCCUGUGGAACACUCUCUUCAAAGUGGUUGUAACUCCCAUCUCCACUGUACAUCAGCUUUGGUCAUUCCCUUCAGCUAUCUCCAUACCACUAUUCAUUUUACACACUUAAACAUUAUUUCAAGAGUCCUGAGUCAGCAGAGCCUUCUUUCUCUUUCCCAGCAUUCUCGCCUGACAAAAAAAAUGACUGUAAAUCUAGGGACCGUGAAUGAACUCGUUCGCUGAAACCUACUACUACUACUACAUUGAAAGUUAAUACAUUCAUUUAAAACUCCAACUCUCACCUCCACACUCCUACCCUUCUUCCUCCCCCGCUGCCUCUGGACAUGCCUUCCCCCUCUCCUCCUCCUUUGCCCAACAGUAACAUAGCUUCCUUCCUUUGCCCUCCCUGACGCAUCCCUCCCCAUUUAUCCGGGCUUGGGACUGGCACUAAGAAUGUACAUCCUCAGUGGCUGAGUUGAGUUCAUUCACUGAAACCUACAGGAGCUAAAAUGAUGAGGACUGCUUGGGUGCAGGGAGGUUUUGGAAUGCACCUUGCUCUGUCUUUGCUAUGGUGAGAGCAUACGCUGGUACCAGGGACACAGUGGUCCUUUGUCAGAAAUACAAUCAUUCUAGUCAAGCGUACAUUGCCUCAGACACGCUACUAACCAGACCACACCAAUGCCUUCCCACAGUUGGCCCUUCCUCAUAUUUGUUAGUUUUCUGUCAGGUUUAUUAUCAUCUUGUUAUGCAGGCAAAAUGUGGUAUUUGUCUGCACUGGAUUCAUUGAUGCUAGUGUACAUUGUUACCCAUGGGUUACUGAUUUUUAACACCUGCUAAUCAACAACAUUAACAUGUAGUCUGACUUAGGUUCAUGUUGAAUAUAUACAGAACCUAAUCCUCAUCCCAGUUUGACAGCUCAAAACCUUGUCCUUGGUAAUGUGGUAACUGCUAACUAAUCACUAAGAUCGAUCGCUGCCUUGAUUAUUUGUGAUGUUGACUUUUGUUGAUUACUCACAAUAGCCCUUUUUGAAGCCACACCAGCGAACAGAGUCUCUUUAUAUCAAAAAUGCGUGACUGUGUAGACAUUCCCUGAAAUGUGAGUUGGAGGGUAAUAAAGGGCAUGUAACUAUAGUCAUUGUCAAAUAUAACAUUUUGUUUCUUCAGUAGCCCGAAAGUCAUUGAUAUGGGUCCUCGGAGCUGACCCAAAUGUUCCCCUUAUCCCUUUACCAUCAGUUCACUGAUGCAAUAGCAGUCCAGCUAGUUGCAGCAAUAUGCUGGAAAUCUAUCAAGUUUGUUUUCACAACAAGUUUGAUGUAAGGAUAUUCAAUGCAUCAAUGUCAAUUGUUCACAGAUAGCCCCUCACAUGCUCUCUCCAGCUACUAAAGCCCAUUUCAGCUGAUUGGACACUGUGUGACACUGGCCCUACUGCUAGCUGCUUGCAGGUUAGCAAUCUGCUGUUAUGGUGGUUUUGCUAACACUGUAAGACCAGUAGGCAGUGGGCUUGAGCUAGUUCUGGCCAGGGCCACCAUCUCCCAUCUCUGUCAUGUCCUGGACCUAGAGAGAGGCCACAGUUCAGUACAAAAUGCUGAUUGUGAUGAUGCUUUUCUAAACAGGACUAGGGGAUGUGUUUAAUGUCUGGACAAGACAAAUAUGUUAAUAAAGUAUUUUUGAAAUGCCUAAUAAUUGUAUUAUACCGUCUUGUUCUUGCUACAGACCCAAAGUGAGAAGUUAAAUCAAAAUGUGAAAAAAAAUAUGCCUGCAAAUUAUUUAAAUUUAUUCUGAAAUGG